ACAAAAGCAAGUGAGCAAGUGUUUCACAACAAAUAUGGGUGACUAAUGCAAUAUAUUUAUUGAAAUGAUGCAUUUGCCAAUGAAAACUGCAAACUGCAAGGAUUUAUUUCUGUUUCUUUCUAUGCACUGUUAAAAACGCGAUCAACAUUUCAUUGACGUAGAGAGUGACAGACAAAGGUUGGAGAAAUUGUUUAUAAAAUACGAUAAGGGGGUCAUGUUUUGAGUCCCCUAAUAAACAAGAUUUUUUGGCAGCUAGUUUAGUUGAUUGUAGACAAUCUUAGUGUUAACAUCUCUGGAAAACAAUGAUUUUUAAGCAGCUUUUGCUGCUUGUAUUUUGUGUGCUGGGCGCACUUGGUCAAGUAGUUAUCGAUAGUGGUCCCCCUAAUUUGUACAAUUAUGGAAACAUUGAUGAUGUACAGUUUGACAAUGAACCUGAACCAGAACCAGUACAAACCAAGGUUGGAUGUGCCGGAUGCCCUACUGAUAUCGAUCCCAAAGCUGAUGGCGUUCAAAAAUUGGUAAAUGCAGCCUUAAGUCAUAUCGAGUCUGAACGUGACACCAAGCAUGUCGCAGUCAAAGUCCUUAGAGUUCAAACACAGGUAGUUGCGGGUAUAAAAUAUAUACUUUCGGUCGAAGUCGCUUCAACAAGUUGCCCUAAGAACACCGAGAAUUUGGAUUGUUCAGUCCAAGAUAGUCGUGUUUGCGACGUAGAAUAUUUAGAGCAACCAUGGUUGGGAGUCUCAAAAAUCAUCAGUAACACCUGUACAAAAUCUCAAGAGUUCGAUCUUAAAGAGCCGAUAGAUCCUCCUCCACCGAAGAAAGUGCACAGAGAGUUAGAACCUGACUUCUUGUCAGAUUUGGAGUCUCAAAUUAUCCCAGAUAGUCCUAAAUCAGAAAAGGAAAAUUCAGUACAGUUUGACGACGUAGUUGAAUCAAAACCAUGUCUUGGAUGUCUGACCGAAGUCGAUGUUAAUGAUAAAGUUGUACCAUUUUUGGUGAACGCCGCUUUGAGUCAUAUUGAAUCUGAAGAUAAGGUCCAGCAGGCUUUAAUCCAAGUUCUUAGAGUUCAAUCACAGGUAGUAGCAGGUAUAAAAUACAAAUUUUUGGUGGAAGUUGCUCCAACCGUUUGCCCUGCGGAACCCGGCGCCAAACCGUGUUAUGUUGAUAGAAGGCAAAAUAGUCGUGUUUGCGAAGUAGAGUAUUGGGAAAAAGCAUGGUUGGGAUUCAAAAAAAUUGUUAGCAACAAUUGUACAAAAUCCCAAGAAUUUGAACCUUUAGAUUUGGAACCGAACUCAGUUCUUACAGUAGAACAUCCAUUAGAAUCAAAAUUAGAGAAUGCUGCACAGUUUGACAAUGAACCUGAACCAGAACCAGUACAAACCAAGGUUGGAUGUGCCGGAUGCCCUACUGAUAUCGAUCCCAAAGCUGAAGGUGUUCAAAAAUUGGUAAAUGCAGCCUUACGUCAUAUCGAGUCUGAACGUGACACCAAGCAUGUUGCAGUCAAAGUCCUUAGAGUUCAAACACAGGUAGUUGCGGGUAUAAAAUAUAUACUUUCGGUCGAAGUCGCUUCAACAAGUUGCCCUAAGAACAGCGAGAAUCUCGAUUGUUCAAUCCAAGAUAGUCGUGUUUGCGACGUAGAAUAUUUAGAGCAACCAUGGUUGGGAGUCUCAAAAAUCAUCAGUAACACCUGUACAAAAUCUCAAGAGUUUGAUCUUAAAGAGCCGAUAGAUCCUCCUCCACCGAAGAAAGUGCACAGAAAGUUACAUCCUGACUUUUUGCCAGAUUUGGAGUCUCAAAUUAUCCCAGAUAGUCCUAAAUCAGAAAAGGAAAAUUCAGUACAGGCUGACGAUAUACCGAUAGCUGAACCAGAAGCAGUACAACGUGUAGAACCAUGUGCCGGAUGCCCGACUGAUGUUGAUCCCAAAGCUGAAGGCGUUGAAAAAUUGGUAAAUGCAGCUUUACGUCAUAUCGACUCUGAACAUGACUUCAAGCACGUUGCUGUCAAAGUCCUUAGAGUUCAACAACAGGUAGUUGCAGGUGUAAAAUAUACACUUUUGGUAGAAGUCGUUCAGUCAUCUUGCCGUAAAGAAGACAGCGAACCCAGUUGUUCUGUGGACCCAGCCCAAACUAGUAGUAUUUGUGAGGUAGAAUAUUUGGAACAAAGAUGGCUGGACAUCUCAAAAAUCAUUAAAAAUAACUGUACAAUAUCCCAAGAAUUUGAUGUUCAUGAGACAAUCGAUCUGCCACAAGAAUCAGUUGUUAGACAAGAAGAACCUGACUUCUUGUCUGACUUGGAGUCCCAAAUUAUUCCAGAUACUAGGUCCAGUAAGAAAAGCUCAGUAAAGAGCCAGCAGUCCAAAAAUGACGCCAACCCAUUGUAUUUUGGUUUAAAUGAAAUUUCUGAAGACCAGCCGUCCAAAAAUGAAAUCCCAGUGUAUUCUGGUUUAAAUGAAAUUUCUGAAGACCAGCCGUCCAAAAAUGAAAUCCCAGUGUAUUCUGGUUUAAAUGAAAUUUCUGAAGACCAGCAGUCCAAAAAUGCAAUCAACCCAGUGUACUCUGGUUUAAAUGAAAUUCCCGAAGUUGGUUUAAAAAAUCGCAAGGUAAGGGCCAUUGAGGUAGUAGAGAUCAACGAAGUACGGCGACCAUCAAAGACUACAGAUCAGCAAGAACAACAGGAACAACAAGAACAACAGGAAGAACAAGAAGUUGUCGAUGACGAACAUUCGGUCCUUAGGAGAAAUAAAUCAGAUAGUGAUUCCUCGAGUAGUAGUGAUUCUUCAGAUAGUAGCGAUUCCUCAGACAGUAGUGAUUCCUCAAAAAGUAGUGAUUCCUCAGAUAGUGAUAGUAAGGCCCAUAAGAAACACAAGAAACAUAAGAAGCAUCACAAGAAGAAGCACCAUCACAAAGAUAGCGAUGAUAGUGACAGUGAUAGCGAUGAGCACAAACAUAAACACAAAAAGGACAAACAUCACGGUCACGAUCAUAAACACAAACAUAAGAAACACAAGAAAGAUAGUGAUGAUGAUAGUAGAGAACCUCAAGUAAAAGGUAAGCAUCAUUCGAAGCACAAUCACGAUUCAAGCGAUUCAGACAGUUCUUCCGAUUCCUCCAGUUCGGAAGAGAAAAAAAAGAAGCAUAAGCAUUCGAACAGACAUAAGAGAUCUUUACAUUACCAACCUGAUGUGCCUGAGAUAGAUUCCCCUGUUGUUAAGGAGCUCUUAGAAAUUGCUGCCAACCAUCUCGGCUAUGAAAAUUCCCAGAUUGUUACCAUUCAUGUAACUGAUUUAGAUCCUCAUUAUUACAUGUUAGAUGUGAUAUUUGAGAAGAAUCGUGUCUACGCAGAGUGUUUGGUAUACAUGAAACUUAACGAUGUUGAUACUGCACAGUCUACAGUAGAUAAAGUUAAAUGCGUCAAUCAGGAUGGCACACCUCUUUCUAGACACGUAAGGCAAGUUCCAGGAGGUAUAUCUCCUAUUUCAAAAGAUGAUCCAAAAGUAAAGCGUUACUUAAAAGAUGGGUUGCUACAUUUGGAUAAAGAGUCCUCCCAUGAAUUCAAAUUUAAAGUAGUCGAAAUUUUGGAGGUUUCUAGACAGGUUGUCAGCGGUUCUCUCCAUCGUAUCAAAGCCAAGAUAGCUUUAUCCGAUUGCAAAAAAGAGAGCAAUAUUGACGCUUCUCAAUGCGGUGUCCAGGCAAAUGGUCAGUCAACAAUUUGCGAUUUCAAAGUUUGGGACCAACCUUGGAUUGAACAUGGAAGAGAAACAAAUAUUACUUGUCAUGAUGACUCACUUGUAAAAAAACAACAUCAUUCGUUCAGAUUACGAAGAUCACUUGACGAUAACGAUGUAGAAACAAUAUUAUCAAGUGUAUUUGAACAUUUUCUGGCCAAGUAUGACAAGAAAUAUAGGAAUGUAGUGGAACAUAAAUAUCGUUUUGGAGUAUUUAAAGAAAAUUUGAAACUUAUUCAUUUGCUAAAUAAGCACGAACAAGGAACGGCCGUAUAUAAAAUUACCAAGUUUGCUGACAUGACAUCUGAGGAGUUCUCAGCGUCUCAUGGAUAUAGGUCUGAUCUACGAAGCGAAAACGAAAUUCCCUUCCACCAAGCAAAAAUCCCGGAAAUUGAUCUACCAACAUCUUUUGACUGGCGUGACAAGAACGCAGUUACGGAAGUCAAAGAUCAAGGGAUGUGCGGUAGUUGCUGGGCUUUUAGUACCACUGGUAACGUCGAAGGACAGUAUGCAAUUAAAUACAAAAAGUUACAGUCAUUUUCCGAACAAGAGUUAGUCGAUUGUGAUAAAUUGGAUGACGGGUGUAAUGGUGGUUUGAUGGAUAAUGCUUACAGGACUAUUGAAAAAUUAGGAGGUCUUGAAUUAGAAAGAGAGUAUCCCUACGAAGGAGUGGACGAAAAAUGCCACUUCAACAAAACUGAAGCUGUCGUUAGAUUGUCUGGAGCUCUAAACAUAAGCCACGAUGAAACCGAUAUGGCCAAGUGGUUAACUCAAAACGGUCCUAUUUCUAUAGCAAUAAAUGCAAACGCGAUGCAGUUUUAUGCUGGAGGAGUAUCUCAUCCAUUUAAAGUACUCUGCAAUCCCAAAAACUUGGAUCAUGGUGUUCUUAUAGUUGGAUAUGGUGUCCAUACUACCAAAUAUACAAAGAAACAAGUGCCUUAUUGGAUCGUUAAAAAUUCCUGGGGUAAAAGCUGGGGCGAACAAGGAUACUACAGAGUUUAUAGAGGCGAUGGAACCUGUGGUUUAAAUCAAACUCCAUCCAGUGGCAUUGUUGCUUAAACCAUAUGGACUGGAUACCAUUUAUAUAUUUUGAUAAUUAUUUUUAGUUAGUUCAUUGUUUAGUUAUCUGAGAAACUUCAAAUUUAUUGAUAUUAAAAAAAAACAAAGAUCUGUGUGUUUUCUGUGUUUUUUAUAUUGUUUUUGUAGUUAUACCGUUUAUACGUAAUUUUAAUAAUUAUAUGUUUUUGUUUUAAUAAAAGUAAGUUCUAA